AUGAGUUCUGCCGUCUUUGGUGUUGCUAAUCUUGCAGUAACUACUGCUUCUGCAAAGUCUUCUAAUGAAGCUAGAAGCCGUGCUAUUGCGCUUUAUAGAAGAUUUCAAAAAUCAGUACCUGAUAUGAUGAAGAUUCACGAACUCAACCUGCCCACUUCAGCUGUUAGAGCCAAAAUUCGUGAAGAGUUUGAAAGACAUCGCUUUGUUGAAAAUCUUCAAGUUUGUGACAUUUUAUAUGCCAAAGGAGAAAUGGAAUAUCAGGAAAUUAUGAAUGUUUGGAAACAAACCAACCACAUCAUGAACUAUUUUGCAAAGGAAGAAGCACCAGCUAAGCCUACAACCUUUUUAGAAAAGUUUUAUGAAGGAAGAUCUUAA